UUUAACAGUGGUCGCAAAUGAUGCUGUUAGGCCGAGUUUAGGCUGAAAAAGAACGCGCAAAUAAUUAAAAACAAUAAACCUAAAUAAAACUAUUUGCAUACUCCAAUUACACCAUGGAACCUACUUUGAAUGCAACAAAUAAUCACAACUAUUAUGAACGCAUACAGAGUUUAGUAAGGAAUGAAAUCCAAAUUGAAAUAAGAGAGACGGAAUUGGGCAAAAGAAGCGCAAAAAUCCACCAGCGAUAUUUAAACGCCAAAGGGGCUGUAAUGAAACAGAAACAAGAAAUUGAAAAACUGGCUCACGUUGUGGGCGAACGCAAAAGCGAAGUCGAAGAUCGCGAGUCCUUCCUGGUUCAUGUCCAAGCGACUCUUGAUGCCGCAAGAAAAAGCAAUGCAAGUAAAAGAAAUCUUUUGGAACAGAGAAAGUCAACAGUGAGGCAACACAAUAACGAGCUUUUGGAAUGCAUGCACACAUUAAAGGAGACAACUGGCAUAUAUAUCAAUCAUGGGGCAAUGCCCGAUCGUGAGAAAGGUGUCAUCAUGGUGGAAGACAAAUGUAUACCCUUCAAUUAUCCAGCAGCAGCCAAUGGGGAAUUUUUGGAAAUUCUAAAAGGAUGUGGCAAUUGCAAUCCUAAUAAAUGGCUUAACCUACUCACAGCUGGCCCUGAAGUGGAAGAUAGCGUGGAGUCUUCUCGAAAAGCACACGUUGCUGAAAGUUCGAUAAUUGAAAUUGAUCUUACCUCGCCCACUAACACAAAAUGAAGCCAUUUUUUUUGGGUAUUUCACAAUGCUUUCCUGUUUUGGUAGGUCACCAGCCAAAGGGCGAUAAGGAAUCGAAUCCAAAGUAAAAUAACUACAAUAAUAGUAGAAAAACAACCCAAAUAAAUAAACAAAAAA